UUUCGAAUGUUUCAACACUGUUUCAUUGUAAAUAAUUGACAAAUAAAAGUGAAAAUGAAAAUAUUGAAAAGAAGUUUUGUAAAAUAUUUAAAGACAAAAAGCCAAAAACUUGCUCAAAAACUGGAAAAUAUUGAAUUUUUAAGGACCAUAAAUCCAAAAAAAGAUUACGAAUUGACAAAAUCCAACGCCUAAUCAUUGGAAAUGUCAGAACAACAACAGAAGAAGGAUACCGAGAGCAAGAGUGCAGCGACCAUACCCACAGUAUUGAAAUACGUUUUUGGUGGAACGGCAGCGAUAGCUGCAUCUUGUGUGAUGCAUCCAAUGGAUUUGGUAAAAACUCGCAUGCAAGUAGCUUCCAGCGGGGGCGGCAAAGCGGUCAGCCCCAUAGAAGUGAUGAAAAUGGCGAUGAGGAACGAUGGCAUCGCUGGCUUGUACAAAGGACUCAGCGCUUCGGUACUGCGACAGUCGGUGUACUCGACGACACGCAUCGGCGUCUACACGAGUCUAACGGAAUAUUAUCGCGAGUUGUAUAACACAUCGCCGACAUUGAAUGUAACCGUUUUGAUGGCAGCCUUUGCGGGCGCGGUGGGUGCUUAUGCUGGCACACCGGCCGAUCUGGGUCUAGUGCGCAUGAUGACCGAUGCGCGGCUACCGGCAGCCGAUCGUCGUAACUACACGAGUGUUUUUAAUGCGCUCUCACGCAUUGUCAAGGAGGAGGGUGUGUUGGCGCUUUGGCGUGGCGCUGUACCAACUGUGGGGCGUGCCAUUGUGGUGAGUGUUGCCCAAUUGGCGUCCUACACACAGUUCCGGCGAUGCGCAAAGUCGUACCUAGGCAUGGGUGAUGGGUUCAGUUUGCAUUUGGUGGCGAGUAUUGGUUCGGGUCUGCUGACAGCGACCGCAUCAUUGCCGGUGGAUAUUGCCAAGACGCGCAUACAGAAUAUGAAAAUGAUCGAUGGCAAGCCGGAGUACCGCGGUAUAUUGGAUGUGCUGUUGAAGAUUAGUCGGAAAGAAGGCGUUUUGGCGUUGUGGCGCGGUUAUACACCGUAUGUUUUGCGUGUUGUGCCAACCACAAUUUUGAUUUUCAUUAUAUUGGAGCAACUCAAUACGGCGUACUUUAAGUAUGUUUUGGGUGAGGAGUACAAGUCGAAGAUUUAAAGAUGCCUGUUAUUGUUGUUGUAUUUUGUGUAUGUACAUUUGUGUGUAAGUGAAUUUGUGACUGUGUGGAUAAGUGUGAAAAUACAAAAUGUUGAUUUUAUAAUUGACUUUCUUUUUGAAGAAUUGAAGAAUGUUUGAAAUUUAA